AUGGAUAGAGAUGAUGAGCCACCAGCACACUCAGUAGAAGCUAUUGCAGAAUGGCCUGAUGAGCCCUCUAUUGAGAAGUUGGAUAGAGAUUAUGAGCCACCAGCACACUCAGUAGAAGCUAUUGCACAAUGGCUUGAUGAGCCCUCUAAUGAGAAGUUGGAUAGAGACGAUGAGCCACCAGCAGACUCAGUAGAAACUAUUGCAGAAUGGCCUGAUGAGAGCUCUAUUGAGAAGUUGGAUAGAGAUGAUGAGCCACCAGCACACUCAGUAGAAGCUAUUGCACAAUGGCUUGAUGAGCCCUCUAAUGAGAAGUUGGAUACAGACGAUGAGCCACCAGCAGACUCAGUAGAAACUAUUGCACAAUGGCCUGAUGAGCCCUCUAAUGAGAAGUUGGAUACAGACGAUGAGCCACCAGCAGACUCAGUAGAAACUAUUGCACAAUGGCUUGAUGAGCCCUCUAUUGAGGAGUUGGAUAGAGAUGAUGAGCCACCAGCACACUCAGUAGAAGCUAUUGCAGAAUGGCCUGAUGACCCCUCUAAUGAGAAGUUGGAUAGAGAUGAUGAGCUACCAGAAGACUCAGUAGAAACUAUUGCACAAUGGCCUGAUGAGCCCUCGCAUGAGAAGUUGGAUACAGACAAUGAGCCACCAGCAGACUCAGUAGAAACUAUUGCACAAUGGCUUGAUGAGCCCUCUAUUGAGAAGUUGGAUAGAGAUGAUGAGCCACCAGCAGACUCAGUAGAAACUAUUGCACAAUGGCUUGAUGAGCCCUCUAUUGAGAAGUUGGAUAGAGAUGAUGAGCCACCAGCACACUCAGUAGAAGCUAUUGCAGAAUGGCCUGAUGACCCCUCUAAUGAGAAGUUGGAUAGAGAUGAUGAGCCACCAGAACACUCAUUGGAUAAAGAUGAUGAGCCACCAGCAGACUCAGUAGAAACUAUUGCAGAAUGGCCUGAUGAGCCCUCUAAUGAGAAAAUGGAUAGAGAUGAUGAGCCACCAGCACACUCAGUAGAAGCUAUUGCAGAAUGGCCUGAUGAGCCCUCUAAUGAGAAGUUGGAUAGAGAUGAUGAGCCACCAGCAGACUCAGUAGAAACUAUUGCACAAUGGCUUGAUGAGCCUUCUAUUGAGAAGUUGGAUAGAGAUGAUGAGCCACCAGCACACUCUGUAGAAACUAUUGCACAAUGGCCUGAUGAGCCCUCUAAUGAGAAGUUGGAUACAGACGAUGAGCCACCAGCACACUCAUUGGAUAAAGAUGAUGAGCCACCAGCAGACUCAGUAGAAACUAUUGCAGAAUGGCCUGAUGAGCCCUCUAAUGAGAAGUUGGAUACAGACGAUGAGCCACCAGCAGACUCAGCAGAAACUAUUGCACAAUGGCUUGAUGAGCCCUCUAUUGAGAAGUUGGAUAGAGAUGAUGAGCCACCAGCACACUCAGUAGAAGCUAUUGCAGAAUGGCCUGAUGACCCCUCUAAUGAGAAGUUGGAUAGAGAUGAUGAGCCACCAGAAGACUCAGUAGAAACUAUUGCACAAUGGCCUGAUGAGCCCUCUCAUGACAAGUUGGAUACAGACGAUGAGCCACCAGCAGACUCAGUAGAAACUAUUGCACAAUGGCUUGAUGAGCCUUCUAUUGAGAAGUUGGAUAGAGAUGAUGAGCCACCAGCACACUCUGUAGAAACUAUUGCACAAUGGCCUGAUGAGCCCUCUAAUGAGAAGUUGGAUACAGACGAUGAGCCACCAGCACACUCAGUUGAAACUAUUGCAGAAUGGCCUGAUGAGCCCUCUAAUGAGAAGUUGGAUACAGACGAUGAGCCACCAGCAGACUCAGUAGAAACUAUUGCACAGUGGCUUGAUGAGCCCUCUAUUGAGAAGCUGGAUAGAGAUGAUGAGCCACCAGCACACUCAGUAGAAGCUAUUGCAGAAUGGCCUGAUGAGCCCUCUAAUGAGAAGUUGGAUAGAGAUGAUGAGCCACCAGAAGACUCAGUAGAAACUAUUGCACAAUGGCUUGAUGAGCCUUCUAUUGAGAAGUUGGAUAGAGAUGAUGAGCCACCAGCACACUCUGUAGAAACUAUUGCACAAUGGCCUGAUGAGCCCUCUAAUGAGAAGUUGGAUACAGACGAUGAGCCACCAGCAGACUCAGUAGAAACUAUUGCACAAUGGCUUGAUGAGCCUUCUAUUGAGAAGUUGGAUAGAGAUGAUGAGCCACCAGCACACUCUGUAGAAACUAUUGCACAAUGGCCUGAUGAGCCCUCUAAUGAGAAGUUGGAUACAGACGAUGAGCCACCAGCACACUCAUUGGAUAAAGAUGAUGAGCCACCAGCAGACUCAGUAGAAACUAUUGCACAAUGGCCUGAUGAGCCCUCUAAUGAGAGGUUGGAUACAGACGAUGAGCCACCAGCAGACUCAGUAGAAACUAUUGCACAAUGGCUUGAUGAGCCCUCUAUUGAGAAGUUGGAUAGAGAUGAUGAGCCACCAGCACACUCAGUAGAAGCUAUUGCAGAAUGGCCUGAUGACCCCUCUAAUGAGAAGUUGGAUAGAGAUGAUGAGCCACCAGAAGACUCAGUAGUAACUAUUGCACAAUGGCCUGAUGAGCCCUCUCAUGAGAAGUUGGAUACAGACGAUGAGCCACCAGCACACUCAGUUGAAACUAUUGCAGAAUGGCCUGAUGAGCCCUCUAAUGAGAAAUUAGAAUGA